CUAGAAUCAGAGAUCAAAGAAAUAAUCAGUUCUGAUUACUUUUUUAUGCAUGUUGCUUGCUUCCUAUUGCUUGUCCUUGCACAUAAUCAAGCACGAGCGACGUCUGUUGAAGAGAGGUGUGCGUACUUAUUCUUAUGCCACGAACAUAGAUUGCAAGUGCUGGUUCUCUGAUGAAAAAAGAUCAUGAUUUUUAUCGAAGAAGAAGAUCCAAUUCCGAACCAAAAUGAAGAUUUACUGCGAUCAUGCUUGUCUUGUUCCCUUUCCUGCAUACCUCGAUCGAUCCCAAAAUUCUUGUGAUGCCUUUUUUGUAGAUCAUGUAAGCGCGCAAAAAUAGAAAACGAGUGAAGAGAAACUACGGUAGUGCGCAGUGUAAAUCAAUAAAUCAUUGAUUCAUUCUCAUCGUUUUGCCUAAAAAAGCAACUUAAUUAUGGGAUCUUCUGCACUCUAAUUCUAAUUUCAACUCGAAAUGCACGUCAUACCACCAGCAGGCCAACGGCGAGGCACCCGACGUUUUUGUAAACUAGUAAAUGACAACAAGGACACCCCCGUUUUUUCCCCUGCGCAUAUCUUUUUUUUUUGAUUCACCCUCGAGGACAUUGACGAAUUUUAGAAACAUGAUAUAUGAGCAAGAGCAACUGACUUUGCUAUACCACUACAGGAGCGUCGUGUAAUUGAUGGUUUGGUUUUCUUCAUUGAGAUUCUGAUAAUUCGCAUAUUCGAGCAUAUCUCUUAGAUGAUGUGUCUAUUACCAGCACAACUUGCUUUUUUACUUCGGCCCUUCCUGGUCCUAUCCGUAUAUUUAGAAAUGCGCUCGCCUUCGCUCCGCGCGGCUCCGCCUUUGGUCAUAGCUUUAGAUCAUGGAUUUUCGUGAAUUACUCGUAUUCCUAUUUCACAUUUCCGUGAGAAAAAAAGAAUAGCGACAUAGGCUUGUCCGAUUUUGUGCUGCGGAUACCUUUCUAUCCCAAUUCGUAUCUUCUUCCUCGGUGUGGCAUCUUGGAAAUUCUGUGUCUGCUGCACCAAGAAGGUCUGAGCGACAAGCGACAAUGGCUUUUCCACCUGCAAUCGGUGAUGAAGUCGCGGGAGGCGACAAGAUGCUGGGCUUGGGUCCAAUCGACGAGAAACCUGUGGAGCUGCAGGUUGCGGACGUCCUGCUUAUCAUACUUGUGUGCACAUUUGUGCUUGCACUCGGCAUUUUCCUUUUUUACUGGUACCGUGAGCAGAAAGAAAGAAUAGAACGCGGCCACGGUACGUCCUCAGGGCUCUUCGACGACGACGUGACCGGAGGAGUCAGAAGUGCGAAGGUACAAUAGACAGAUUCAUCUUUCUUGCGUGAGAGUGCUUGAGCAGCUUGAAAAGAAAUUAGGUAUGCUGAGAUGACUUUUCGUAAUUCAUAUCAGGCAAAUAAGUAUUAUGAUAUUCUUCUACUACAGCUCGAGGAACGUGAUGGGGUUGGCAGUUAUCGAACUGACAUCCAUACCGUGGCCCCCGAUGGUAUUGCGCGGUACCUGGAGACGACUUUGAGCUUAUCCCCUGCAGAUCCAGCGCUUGAAAGCGGCGUGUACGGUUUGCACAUGCACGAGGCAGGCCGACGCUUGGAGUUUUACGGAAAGAACAAAAUCAGUCCACCAGUGAAGGAGAACAAGUGGGUCGCUUUGCUGCGGACGACAUUCUUGACGGGCUUCAACAUCUUGCUAUGGGCAGUUGUCUUCACUGAGAUUACCCUCACGGUGAUGAUUAAGAACCGCGGACACGGCGACGGAUCAUCCAGAUUGUGGGAAGAGAUGAUCACGCCAUGCAUCCUAGCAUCCGUGAUCAUCGCGUCAGCGCUGAUGCAGUGGUGGUCUGAGCAGCGUGCAGAAAGCAUGCUAGAAGCGCUGAAUGCGAUGCAAACAAGCGACAAAAUCAAAACUCUGCGCGUCUCCACAGAUGUCGGCAGGCAAGGAGCAGAAAAAAGGUACUUGUGGACUUCGACCUGAACUCAGGACGAAAAUGAAGAUGGAUUUAGUUGAAGACUGUGUGUUGAAAACAAAACUACUCAUUAUAUAUAAUAUUGAUUCAGUUUUACCUCUAGAGACUUAGCCCUUCCAACAAUUACAUAUAUUAUUGAUUUAAUUCAGACGAUGGAUGAUAAACAUAAAAGCGUUCUUGUCAGCUGAAGUUCUUUUUCCAUAUUCUACUUCUGUUGUAAUGUUCUUGUAAUUGUCAAAGUAGGCUGUGUUCCGACCAUUUGAUGUUGAAGGAAGCGUUAACGAACAAAUGAAUCAAACAGGUUAGAAGUUUUCGUAGAUCCCGAAAAUCUGGUUCGCGGAGACGUCAUUUGCUUGGGCUCAGGCGAUCGCAUUCCCUGCGACUGUCGAGUGAUCUACUGCAGUGACGCCGCUGAGGUAGAUCAAGCAGCAUUGACCGGGGAGUCCGUGCCCGAACCACGCGAAGCAGCCAAAUGUGAGGACCCCAAGACGAAUUGCAAUGAGGCUCGCAACCUUGUGUUCAGCGGAACGUUGCUACUCAAGGGCAACAUCGUCGGAGCAGUCUAUGCCACUGGCGACAACACGAUGCUUGGAAAAAUUGCGCAGGGCAUCAACAAACCGCGUCCGAGAAGUACAUUCGAAAUUGCGAUGGAGAACAUUGUACACUUAAUCGCGUGGGUCGGCAUAAUCGUGGGUUUACUCACGGCGAUUGCGGAACUUUUCGUAGGAAAAAGUGCAGCUGAGGUGCUGGAGUCAUCAGCAAGCUCGCUGUUCGCGCAGAUUCCAGAGGGCCUCCUUCCGACAGCGACGAUAGCCCUUCUCAUUGCAAGCUAUCAAAUGGCGGAUGUCAAUGUCCUCGUGCGAAAGCUCGAUGCGGUACAACUACUUUUACUUACCGACAGUUUCUGAUCUGGCACUGACUUGUUUAUCUAUUAUGGUACUAGGAGUAGGUCUAAAAAGUAGACUCUAAAACAUUUUUUCGGCUUCGUUAAUAACGAUAAAAAUUGCAGCUUCGAAUCGUCAGAGACCCAGCAACAGAAGUGCCGAACUACAUAUCCAUAAUUUUUCGACACAUUACAACAGGUUGAGACACUCGGGUGCUGCAGCGUAGUUUGCUCAGACAAGACUGGAACCCUGACGACCGGGAAAAUGACGGUCACGGAUGUCGUGGACCAAGACGGCGAGUGCUACCGAAUGCAGGAACUUCUAGGCGGAGGCUGCUCAGUCUCGUAUGCAAGCCCACGCGUGAUGCAAAAGCUUGAGCCCCUCUGUCGUGGGGGCAUUUUGAACACCAGCGUCAGCGUUGUUCAGAAGCCGAAUGCAGGUUUUUCGGCUGCUGGAUACACUGGCGAUGUGGAGGAUUUUCAUGCUCCUAGCCCCAACGAUUUCGGCGGCAGCUAUCAGAUUGGCGGCUCUGCGUCAUCUACAGCGCGCGCAACGAAUCGCGGAGUUUCGAUGGUGAAUUUUGGUGGCGGUGGAACCUCUGCACCCGCGGGGUCAAAGAUUCUUGCGGUGCAAAGCAGUUCCUACGGCUUCGGAAGCGGCUCCACCGCUACACGGGGUGCUGGUAGUCACGAAGGCGAAGUUUUUGCGACAGGAAGUAGUCUGGAUCCGACCAGCGAUCUGUCCGGAUCUCCAACGGAAAUAGCUGUCUAUCACGCUGCGCGGCAAUUGGUCGGGCAGUCAGCUGGCUUGUGCUUCAAGAAGAUCUUCGAGAUUCCGUUUUCCAGUCAGAACAAGUACAUGGUCACCGUCCACGAAACCACUUUCACGAACCAAAAUACACCAGGAGGUGGACAAAUGUCUCUGAUGGAUCAGCCUCUUGCAAUUGGUGGUGGGAGUCAGAACGCUGGACCUGGAGCAUCGCGUGUAAUAACUGUAAAAGGAGCCGCAGACCGGUUGCUUCCGUACCUGAAAAUGCACCCACCAGGUGAAAGGCUGCUCGAGCAGUGGAGAAAGCUGAUGAACCAAGGAAAACGGGUUAUCAUGGUUGCAGAGUGUCGAAACGCGGACAGUGCUUUGUCAAAUGGUGCUAACGGCAGGGCGCCAGAGGAGACUUCCUCGCUGCUGCAGAUGGAUACUGCCGACAGAGGUUUGGCUGCGCAUCUCCUAGGACCAAGUCCACGUGAUGACGCGUUUGCGCUAGCAAGUAGCAAUCAGAUGCGCGGUGGAGGGUCGCAUCGUAUCCCAGCAGGUAAGAUUAGCGGAAGCAGUCUCGAUGACUUCAAUCUCGACAUCUCAGGCCUGCGCUGCGUUGGUAUUUACGGUCUGGAAGACCCGCCGAAGCGUGGCGUUAGAGAGGCUGUAAGCCGUGCCCGAAGUGCAGGCGUGAAAGUCGUGAUGGUCACGGGUGAUCAUCGAGAUACAGCCGCAGCCAUCGCACGUGAACUCGGAAUCCUAGAGGAUGACGGAUCUGCCGCUGUCCUUGGCGGUGUGGAUCCAAUGACGGGUCCAAACACUGCAGGAGCAGGAGCCGGCUCCUCGCUCGCCACGCGAAACACAAAUCCAGAAGCACACUCCGGUUUGAUCGAUAGACAUGUCGAUGGCGGCCGGCCUAGCUACAACAGUCGAGAGUCACAGCUUGGGGGAGCUGCACUCGGCUUCGGUACAAGCAGAAAAAACGGUCGGCUGCAUGGUGAAGGUAGUGCUACAGACGGCUUCGAUCCACUCCUGGGAGUUGAUGACCAGGGAUUUGGAGCGCCAACUAAGCAAGACGAUCUGCUGUUUGACUUGGAUUUCAAUCCAUCGCAACAGCAGAACUUUGCACAAUUUCCCGGCAGUGGUGCUCGAGGUUUUGACACUGACAACGGAGGUUUUGGGGAGCUGGGCAACGUUGUUGAAAAAACCUCGUCCUUUCCAGGCAGUUCUUCUCAAGGUGCUCACACAGCACGGGGACCCGUUGCGGCGCCAGGCUCACCGCCGACCCCGGGGGGCGGAGCCCCGCGCGUCUUCCUCGAAUCUGUCGUAAGUAUGGAAGUGCUUACGGGAGAGCAAGUAGAAGAGCACAUGCCUAUCGCUGGAGACGAAUUCUCUAUGAUUACGGGAGAAGAACCACAGCACAUUAUUGACUUCUGGAUGCGUGCCGUACAGGAGUGUCGCGUCUUUGCGCGGGUCAGUCCAAUGCACAAGCAGAUUAUCGUGCGUGCUUACCAAACGUUUGGCGGGGAAGAGAUGUACAAAAACACGUAUCGAGACCAGAUGGAGGGAGCAGACGCGGACGGGAGCACCAAUACGAGCAUGGAGAACAACGCGCUAAACCACUUUUUCGAAAGGUACACAAAAGAAACUAUCCGGCGGGUCCGCGAAGGCGUCCGCGUUCACGUGUUAGGUCGUCCUCCGCGGUCAAAAGAUGCAAGAGCGGAUGGCGCAGGAAGAGGGCGCGAUAAUCGGCCUUGGCGUAUGGAGAACCAACUGCACAGCAACCAAACCCGGUGGAAGCGCAUGACGGGUGCCAUUUGCGCGAUGACAGGGGACGGCGUGAACGACGCACCCGCUCUGAAACAAGCGGAAGUGGGUAUUGCCAUGGGGGUGCGCGGUACCGAGGUUGCGAAGGACGCGGCGGACAUAAUUCUCCUCGACGACAAUUUCCAGAGCAUCAUCAACGGAAUCGAGCAGGGCCGGCGUAGUGCCGAUAAUUUGCGCAAGAGCAUCAUGUACACCCUCUGCUCGAAGAUGCCACAAUUUUUGCCUACGCUGCUGCAAAUCCUCACCACCCUUCCUGGUCUUAACUUCAUCAGCAGCAUCAUCCUGCCUUCUGUGAUGUGGAAACUACCCGGGCCCUUACUGACUGUUCCGCAAAUUCUCGCAAUCGACAUUUUGACGGACGUUUGGACCAGCAUUGCGUACGCGGUGCAGCCGAGCGAGGACAGUUUGAUGACGCGACUACCCCGUCACCCAAAGUUGCAGCCGUUGAUGGAUGUAGGACUCCUCCUCUACUCAUACUGCUACAUGGGACUGAUGCAAAGCGUUUGCUGCUUCGUUUGUUCCGUCUUGCUUCUCUAUGCUCCAGCGAUGCACGCUCUCCACAGCCACGACGAGGAUGUUUCUUCAGAUAUGGCUUCGAUGGACCUGGACGGCAUGCCUCCCGGAACAAGCCUUGACCAAGGAUCAUCAGAUCCGCUGAAGCCAGACACCGCCCACAGAGCUGCGAUAGAAGCCGAUCUGUACUUACAGGCGACCACCAGCUACUACUGGACGUUGGUUGUCGGACAGCUCGCUGCCGCCUACGCCACGACGACAUUCAAGCAAUCCUUGCUUCAGUAUGGAUUGCCAAACAAAAUGCUGAACGUCCUCGUGAUCCUUGAAAUGAUCUCAGGUCUUUGGGUGGUCUUCAGCGCCGGCGGCAACGUCAUGUUCCAGACACGAGCAAUUUCAACCUUUCAUAUUUUAAUCCCGUUUCUCAUCACCUUUGUGCCUAUUCUCUUCGUGGAGGAAUCGCGAAAAGCCUUGUUGCGGAAGAAGGACAAGGAUUUAGAACGUAGCGAGCGCACAAGACAGCUCCCACGCGGCAAUGCCAGAACUGCAAAGCGCCGCAGCUGGAACCAAGUCUUGCGUUCACGCGGCGAAGUGACAACGACUACUCCACGCGGAGGAGGCACUGCCACCGCAAAGAGCACCCCAAACACACUCCAUCAAGGACGCACAGCUGGGCCAUUUGAUAGCAGCCCCGAACCCGACAAUUUCUUUUACGACGACGAUAAUGGGACAGGCGGGCCAGAUGCAGUUCGGAUUCUCUCAGCAAGCGGUCCUCUCAACAUGUGGGAUCUCGACGUCAGAGGCCAAAUUCAUCUCGAUUCUGACGACGAGGAGUUAGAAGAUGAGGAUCAAUGGAAGACGCUCAUGGGAAGUUCCAGAGUCUAGUAGCUUCGAAAAAA